AGUUUGUUGCAGUUUGACAGCCGCCGCCGGUCUCCGCUGUCGUUGCCCUUUUGACAUAACAGAUAAUAAAAUUGUUAUUUAAAUAAGAUGUCUGUAUUAAGGAUAAUAUCUGUAUUUUUACUAUUGAAUUGUGUUGAUUUUGCGUUCAGUAUCCGCUGCUACGAUUGCAACAGCGCCAACAACUCUAUGUGCCUGGACCCCACGGUGUACGACGCGGAGACGGUGAGGAGGUUCCUUGGCACCAUCGAUUGCCAGGCCGACGUCGAAGCGCCGCAGAGAAAAGACUUCUUUUGCAGGAAAAUUGUGCAGACCAUUAUGUUCAAGGGUCACGAGCCAGAGGUCCGCGUGACCCGCGGCUGCGGCUGGGUACGUCACCACCGUGACUGCUACAAGGCGGACAACGAGGACCACCUGGAGACCGUUUGUCAAUGCUUCCAAGACGACUGCAAUGCGGGAACCGCCCUAACAUAUACUACCCUUGUUACGGCUCUCAGUAUACUUGUUAUAUAUAUGAAGUAAACUACCUUUUUAAUA